AUGAUAACAUGCAUAGAACAUCUGUCUGAUGAGCUCAUCUUACAAAUAUUUGAAUAUUUAAAACCACAUAUAUUGUUUGAUAUUUUUCAAAACUUGAACAAACGUUUCAAUUCAAUAUUAAAUGAUGUUCAUUUAUCGAUUGAUUUAAAGUGUAAUAUGUUAAAAGCCCUGUUUGAUCAAUAUUGUCAUAAAAUAUCGAAGCAUAAACAACGAUGUCAACAAAUAUAUUAUCUCAAACUAUCUGAUAUGCGUACAUUUGAUCAAAUUGGAUUAUUUAUGAAAAAUUGUUGUAUAGAAUCUUUCACUCAUUUACGAUCAUUAAUCAUUAAUGAUGUGUCAUUGGCUGAUUUCAAAGUAAUUGCAUCGAAAUUAAAAUAUUUAAAAUAUUUGUAUCACGUAAAUGUUAAACGCGCUCGACCAGGUAGCCCUCUAGAAGAGGAAGGACAUUAUAUUUAUAAUACAAUACUUGAACAUAAAUCAUUGAAAAAAUGUUCAUUAUUAGAUUUCGAUAAUAUGUUUGGACGCUUUCAUCGUGAAAUGAUAUCAACUUUGGAAUAUUUAUCAGUUGAUGUGCAUGACAAACAGGAUGUAGUAAAUUUAAUCUAUUCAUUACCAAACAUCAAACGAUUAGCUGUUAGCUGUGAUUCUACGUCAUCUAGUAGUCUUAUUUUUCGACAUCCGUCAAUUCCAUUUGGUCGUAGUCUUAGAUAUUUUGAAUUGUCUGAUGGGCAGUUUCGAUUUGAAGAGGUUGAGUUAUUAAUAAAAAAACUUCAUCAAAUACAACAAUUUUAUUUCGGUGGUGCAAGUAGUGACUUUCUUAAUGCCUCUCGUUGGCAAGCUGUUUUGUCAACGAUGCCGCUCUUAAUUAAGUUCAAAUUAUAUGUUAAUAUAUUUAAUGUUCAGUCAUCAUCAAUUCUUCGUCCUCUGCUGGCUUCAUUUUAUACUGAAUAUUGGCUAAAACGAAAAUGGUACAUGGCUUGUGAAUAUGAUAAAAGCAAUCGUCAUUUAGCAUUCUACUCUUCCCGUUAUCAUCAUCGUUCUAUGGGAGUGGGAUCUUCUAUACAAACAGCUACCACAUGCAAUAACGAUUUCUUAGCAUUGUAA